AUGUACCUUUUGGCUGUGAUAGGCAAUGGCCUGGUCAUGGCAGUGGUGGCCUGGGACAGGAACCUCCAUGAACCCAUGUAUCUCUUCCUGGCCAUGCUGGCACUCAACGAUGUCCUCCUUUGUACUAUCACAGUGCCCAAAAUGCUACUCAUCUUCUGGGAGGGCCCUUCACUGUCAACAUUUCCUGCCUGCCUCACACAGAUGUUUUUUGUUCAUGCUCUGUUUCUCUCUGAAUCUGCUGUUCUACUGGCCAUGGCUUUUGACCGCUACGUGGCAAUCUGUGCACCACUCCAUUAUGCUACCCUACUUACAGGCUCUCUCAUUGGCAAGGUGGGCCUGGCUCUGGUGGCUCGGAGUGUGGCUGUAGUCACACCUGGUGUCCUUCUCAUUCUCCGGCUACACUUCUGCCAGAGCAAUGUCAUCCACCAUACUUACUGUGAGAACAUGGGCAUUGCCAGGUUGGCCUGCAAUAGCAUUGCCCCUAACAGCAUUUAUGGGCUCACUGCUGCUCUCCUCACCACAGGGCUGGACUUUGUCCUCAUCUCCCUGUCCUACUGGCUCAUCCUGAGAACAGUCUUCCGACUACCUUCUAAGCAGGCCCGGACAAAGGCCUUUGGAACCUGUGGAGCUCAUAUAUGUGUUAUCUUGAUAUUUUAUACUCUAGCCUUCUUUUCCUUCUUUACCCAUCGUUUUGGACACCAUGUUCCCAAACAGGUCCUUAUCCUCCUGGCAAACCUCUACUUACUAGUGCCACCUACCAUGAACCCCAUUGUUUAUGGGAUAAAGACCAGACAAAUAAGAGUGCGAGUCCUAGGGCUCUGUAACCAACGAAAAUGA